CAACUUGAGAUGUGAAAAUUCCACGAAACCUUCAAACACUUCAAUUUUCUGCCUUUUCAUCAGCUGGACACUUGAGGUUAACCUUAUCUAGAGCGGCAAGGGAUUUAAACUUUGACUCACCGGUCGUAUAUCGGUAGGUACUAAGUAUUUCAGCCGAGCAUACGGUGUAGGAAACUUCAUGGUCCAGGAAUCAGUUCGACAGUGAAGGUAAGAAAUGCUCUAGAGACUGGAGGACGAUUUAGAACUUGGCAUCUUAACAGAUUUCCUCGGCUUGGUUUCACACUAUGAGAGAAGAAAAGCCUUUUGCUCCGCCGCUUCUGGUUACUGGGAAGUAUUCAUAAUCCCCCCUUUAUCAGUCUUGGCAGGUACGUAUUUCGAUACAGCUCUGGACCUAAAAUACAGUGGAAUUGGCAGUCAAGAUUCCGUCCGCACCACGUUGUAUAUGUUAUGCUUUACAUUUCAUCACUGUGCCAAGUGAUGUUAUCCACAAGAUCGGCGAAUCCGACGGGCCAAUACUCAUUUUACCUUAGUAUAAGUAUUUAGCUAUGCUCUCCUUUUUGGUACCUGGCGAGAUCUUUCUGUGUUUAUUCCUUGGAGACGAUAAGUUAAGAAAUAAUGUAUUCAAGAAACAUCAUUCCAACUAUGGCCAUUGCCAAUGGUACUUUGGCACAAGAAAGUGUAUAUGUUAGUAGAGAAAACUGUUAGCAUUGCUCUUCAACUAAUGUCUUAUAGGCCUACACCGCCGACACAAUUUCAACUUUGAACUUGUACAAUGUCAGCAACCUUGCACCGUUUCAAAUCUACAAUGAAUCUUUCACUUCAAUACUCGGAAAGUCACCGACCAUUACCAAUGUUUUGAAUUCUUCAUUCCCUCAAUUCCACGAAGCUGGUAUUUUCUUCUCCGAGUCAACUCUUUUCGUCACGAGUAACCAAUAUGCCGCAUCGACCAACUCUCCAUCAACAAACAACAAAACUAUCUCGAUCACCCGUCUGGAUAAAUCUGGAGAUUCAUGGACGGCUACUAUUGUUGAACCACAAGGAACCAUUUCUCUCGCAAAUGGAGGAAUAAAAUACAAAGAUGGCCUCAUCAUUUGCGAUCAAGGUUCUCUCACAGCAGCCGGAGGCCUAGUCUAUAUGAAUGCCACAGCUCCAUAUGGAACCAAAACUCUCAUCAACAACUACUACGGAGUAGAAUUCAACUCACCCAAUGAUGUUCACGUCACGAGUGACGGAGCAUUAUGGUUUACGGAUCCAUCAUACGGAUCAUGGCAAGGAAUUCGACCACAACCUCAACUUCCUAACCAAGUCUACCGCUACAUGCCAGAAACAAAUGAUAUCCGCGUCGUCGCCGAUGGAAUCCAAGAACCAAAUGGAAUCACCUUCAGCCCAGAUGAAAAAACAGCAUACAUUACCGACGGAACUGGUAAUGCCACCGCACUAACCGCUCCAAGAGCCAUCUACGCAUAUGAUGUCAUUACUCGAGGUGGUCAACCAUCUCUCGCCAAUAAAAGAAUCUUUGCCGUCCCUCAAAAAGGUAUUCCAGAUGGUAUCAAAACCGAUGCAGCAGGAAAUGUGUAUGGGGGAUGUGGAGACGGAAUAAAUGUUUGGAAUGAGGGGGGAAUUCUCUUGGGAAAAAUUGCCGUUGCAGGUGGUUCUUCUAACUUCAUCUUGGGUAACGAGGGAAAUAAAACUCAAGCGUGGUUAUUGAAUGAGGAUAAAUUGUGGCAAGCUAGUUUGGGCUUGGUUAAUGGGAUUGGUUCUUCUAGGAAUACUACACGGGUGUCUUCUCUCAGGUAUUGAGAUGGAUAUUUGUAGAUAUGUCUGUAUAUAUUUGUAGCUAUACCUGUAACUAGAUAGAUAUAUAAGUAAGGACUCGAAAGUAUAGAUGUGUAAAUAAGAUUACAUCCAAAUAAA